AGAGAAUUGUAAGUUAAUAGGAAGUAAUAUCGAGGAUUGUAAGUUAAUAGAAAGUAAUAUCGAGGAUUGUAAGUUAAUAGAAAGUAAUAUCGAGGAUUGUAAGUUAAUAGAAAGUAAUAUCGAGGAUUUACUCAAAUAUCUAGAAUGAUUGAUAUCUCAAACUUUCAUAUUUGAAAUAGACUUAUCACUAUUGUAUUAGCAUAAUACUGCUGUCUGAAUACAUGCUUUGAGGACCACAAUAUGAGCUAGUUCUGAAUAUAUGAGGACCACAUUAUAAGCUAGUUCUAAACCUAAUCGUGUUUUCCUGUAUAAAUAAAGGACAUUAUCAUCAUUACACAACAGUCAAAAAGUGAAGAAAAAAUGAAUUAAGUUACCAAAUACACAGAACAUUUCUGUUGUUUACAGAAAACUGUUUUCCAUUACAAACCAGCUGUAUACACUUGUUAGGUCUCCAGAGGAAACUCAGGUGACUUAUUGUAAAAUGUCAGCAUCCUCCAUCGUUUAUCGUCCAUUGUCCCUGUCAUGCGGUCUAUUGUGCACCGUGCAUUAACAAUUGAACUUUUGUAACUUCUUUUUGAAAACUACCUUUCUAUUGUUUUCAAAUUUGUAAAUUUCAGGACUCCUGCACCCCCAGGUCCUUAGGGAUGGGACAAAAACUCUAAAAUUGACAAAUUUUCAAAAAACAUUUCUCUUCAACCACACAUCUAUAAGAAAAACUAAUGCAUAGUGUUGUAGAGCUGGAAGACCUCUACCAAAACUGUCAAUUUCAUGAUCUCUGGAAGAGAGGUUCUGACUCCAGGGCAGUGCCAGAGGUGUGCUACAAUGAUAAAUACGAUAAGAAUUCAAAUGGCGGUGUGUCGUACUUGGGGCGGUUUAUUUGUCCUACUGACGAGAGUAUGGGAGAUGACCACACCUACUGUUGUGGGGAUGAGGGACAACAGUACUGCUGCACUUUCUGGGAUGAUGGAGGAAGAGUAGCUGGUGUUGUCAUUGGGAUCCUGUUGGGAGUCGGAGCUAUUUUUCUAAUCUGUUACUGCUGUGUCAAAAGAAGCAAAAAGUUCCGUGGAACGGUGAUUCGCAAAGACCACAACAUGGCUGAAGAUUACCCCGGUCAGAGUGUACCACUCAGACCCAUCUAUAAUGAAGGGGGUUUGUCUUAUCCUGUGAAUCCACCACCAUUUCAGCAUCAAGAUGGGAAGAAGUCCUACAUGCCUUCCGAUGGAUCUUUGCCAUAUCCUGUGAAUUCAACCAUCGGCUCCCGGAAACCCUACAUAUCUACCCCCUGGCAACAUGCCCUACCCAUCAGCGAGCAACACUCCUUCCUAUAAUAUUUAGCUGCUUCACUGAAGUUUACAUUGUGUAGUGUUUUAAGUUUGUUUGUUUUUUUUCAUUUUUACGAAUUCGAAUGUGCAAAUAAUGAGCAAUUUGAACAAAUUGUGUAUACUUUUCCCCUGACCCUGUUUUAGAUAUUAAACCUAUUGAUUAUUUUCAUUCUUUUGCCUCAGUUUGGUACACUUUUCUAGUAAACUUUGGAUAUGCUUGUACAUUUGUACUUAUAGAGAUCAUUAUCAUCAGUACACAAUGAUUUACUAUUGACACACAGGUCUUUUAAAUGUAUAUUUUAACGUCUGCAAAUAUAAAUUCUUUUAAUCUGGCCAAGUUAAAUUAUGAACAAAAUUUGAAUGGCUGGCAUUGAUUUUUGUUCACCAUAUUUGCAUAAGAAUUUAACAAAAAGAAAUACAGUAACUACGUAUAGUUACAUUCAGUGAAUUAAAAAAGAACUGUUGUCAUCUUCUGUGAAUUAAAAGAGAACUAGUUUAUGGAGGUAUAAAGGCAAUGAAAGCAUGGGGUAAUUUUUGUUUAUAUUCUGUAAAUAAACUUGGUUUUUAAUUAUUAGUUUAAACAUUAUUCCAUAAUAUUCAACAAUUUAGAAUGUACAUACAUGUACGUACCUUUACGUAUUGGCGAUUAGAUUGGCAUGCUUCCAUUUAAUGCUGAUUUUAAGGGUGUGGAUUUGUUUACAUCAGUAUUUGUAUAAUUUAUGUUAUACAAUUGUUUUAUGCUUACCUGAGUCUAAAAGUAAGUGUUUCAUCAAAAGUCAUCUUUCCAGAUGAUAGACAUGAAUUCAAAAUUUUAUAUAUGCCCCCACCAUGAAAUUGCAGGGACAUAUAGAGUCGGUCCUCUCCUUCUGUUCACCAUACCUUAGUAUUUACCGUUUCUAAGGGAUGUGAUAUAUCUGACAAUAUUGAACUGAUACUAAGCGUGCAGUUGUAUAUUAAUGUCUAACAGAUCAAGAGGAAGUCCAACUUUCAGCAGAGUUGCAGCCCUUGGAUUUUUGUAAAAUUCACUGUUUUACGAUUUUUUUCAUCUCUGUGCUUGCAGACAUUAAUUAAUCUGAUAAGUUACAGAUCAUCCCCAAUUAUUCAGAUUGACACAGUUUCAGUGGUUAUACAGCCCUUAGACUUGAAAAAUAAACUUGUCAAAUAAUUCUGUAGGCAUUAUUUCCUCCUCCUGUAUUGCCUAUUCAUUGGACAUAAAAAGAAAUUUAUAAAGUUUGAUAUAAUUUGUGAUAAGUUAGAUUGCAUUGACAAUGGCCUUAUGUAAUGUAAUUUUAUACAAAUGCCCUUUUGAAGAGUUUGAGUGACAUAUUUUUUCCACAAAAUUCAGACAUUAGUGGUAAAUCAUCACACUGUACCCCACCGAUGAAAGUUCUAUUUUGCUGGAAUUUUCGGAGAGAUUUAAAUUAUCCUAUUGAAGCACCAUAGACAGGCAUUUAAAAGGCAAUUACUUUUACAGAUUCUGAAAUUCUGUAAAUUAUAUAGCACUAUCAGCAUAACCAGAUGGCAUGAUUUAAAGAAUGGGGAAAGGAGAAUAGCUUUGAUUAUUGUAAAACUCAGGUUGAAAUAUGUAUUUUUAUAUCUUUUUUGAUAACUAAAUUUUUUCCUACAUGCAUAUAUUACUUUGUGCUAAGGUUUUAUAUAAAAUUUUGAUAAUAUGUGCUUAACUUAUUAACAACCAUCAAUUAUUUUAUAUUGUAUACAGUAAUCAUAUGUGUGUUAUGGUUUUAAUAUUUUGAAUAUUGCAUGGACAGAAGUUACUGAAUACAUGUACUUACUAGUUAAAUUACAUUGUAUUGUUCAGUUUAGGUUAUGUUUUAAAUUGUCCAUGCUAUGUGGCAUCUAUUAUGAAUAUUUAUACUUUUAUAUUCAACCAUUUGUUGUCCUGUUAUGUUUUGGGUGUGGUCACAAUGGUGUCAUUUUAUUUCAAUUUUUUAUUCUGUAUUGUUAUUUCUACAAUUUUUGUCACGUGAAAAUUCAGGAAGUCCACCAUUACAGAUCUGAUUAGAACUCAGAGUCAGUUCCUUUUUUACUCCUUUACGAUUUACAUUUGAUAAUUCUGUAUUGGAUUGAAGAUUUUGCAUUAUUAUGUUCUUCAGCUUUCGAAAGCAAAUAAAUUCAGUGUUCUUGUACCAUGUAUAAGUAUACAGUUUUUAAAAUUGUAUAUUGAUAUUAUUACAAUUUUAUGGGAAGGUUUAUUAUUUUUAUGUCUGAUAUUAAUUGCUUAAUUAAUAUGUUGUUAUUGCUGGAUAUUGGGAAAUGAAAUAAAUUGUUCAAAUUUUUAGAA